AUGAAUAUAAGGAAUUCUUCAGAUGCACAAUCACGCCUGAUACCAAACCACCAGCGGAUAAUCUCUUCGAAACAAUGGAUCAUAGAGGACAAGAACAGCAAAAACCAAGUAAUGACCAAGAGUGAUGGAAAACGCACCACAGCGACUACCAAAUCAGAUAGGAAAAGCUCCAAGGAGCUUGAAACAGCUAAGCUGCAGAUGGAGUACAACUCCGUGAAACAGGAAAACGAUAAGCUGAAAAACGUGAUUGGGAAGCUAAAACAAGAGAUAGAUAUAUACACGAACCUGCUGAACCACACGAACGGCGCAUGCCCAGGGACCAAGAGUAAGGGCAGGUCAGGCAAGUACCAGGACAACGCAAUGAUGAAGAGUCUGCUUAUAAACACGCCAAAGAGAAGAAAAAAGUCUGAAGUCUCGACGACUGCGCCGGCUGCGAUGCGAGCUCCCACACCUGCACCGGCUCACGCCUCCGGGACGAAGCACGCAAGACAAGCGACGCCCAAGGCUGCAAGUGCACCAGAACCUACCGACAUCAAGAGCACGGCAACCACACCUGCCCUUGGUGCUACAUUUGCAUCUGCGUCUGUUCCAGGCUCCGCCUCAGUAUCUGCCUCAGGCUCUGCCUCAGUAUCUGCCUCCCCUUCCACUCCCACGACGUCCCAGACUUCCGAUGACAUGGUCAGCCCAGAUGAUCUCAUGUUAAUGAACACCCUCACAGACGUUUUGAAUCACAUGAAAUAA